AUGCAAUAUAGAAAACCUUUGAUUUUUAGUGUAGAAAUAAGUACAACCAGUUUUCAGUUAGAAAUUUGGUAUUUUCACAUCUUUAUAUACGAAAAAAAACUCCAGUUGGUUCCUCUCAAUUUUAAAAAUCUUUCAGGUGCUCGAUAUGGUCCAUCUUUGAUGCCAGGAGGUGAUCCAGCCGCAUGGCCCCAUCUCAAAAACAUUUUCCAAUCAAUCGCCGCCAAAGCCGACGGUGAACCAUGUUGUGAAUGGGUCGGAAAUGCUGGAUCCGGUCAUUUCGUCAAAAUGGUUCAUAAUGGAAUCGAAUACGGUGAUAUGCAAUUAAUCGCCGAAGCUUAUCAUUUAUUAUACAAAGCUGUUGGUUUGAAUCAUGAUCAAAUGGCUGAAGUGCUACAAGAUUGGAAUAAAGGAGAACUCGAUUCAUUUUUGAUUGAAAUUACUGCGAAUAUUUUGAAAUAUCGUGAUGAAAAUGGUGAACCAAUUGUUCCAAAAAUUCGUGAUGCUGCGGGUCAAAAAGGAACUGGAAAAUGGACUUGUUUCGCUGCAUUGGAUUAUGGAAUUCCGGUAACUUUGAUUGGAGAAGCUGUGUUUGCUAGAUGUUUGUCGGCAUUGAAAGACGAACGUGUUCGAGCUGCCAAACAAUUGCCACGACCAACUGUUUCAUCGGAUGUUGUUAUUCAAGAUAAGAGAGAAUUUAUUAAGCAGAUUAGCAAGGUUAGUGAGAUCAUUGAAGGAAAAUCUGAAAAUUACAGUACUUUAUUUAAUUUUUUACAAAUAACUGAUUUCUCCCAAAAGUGUUUCAAAGUCAAUAAUCCUGAAAAAGAUCUUCGAAUUUGAAUAAAUUUCUAGAAAAACAUAGAUUUUGUAUUGAAAAAUUCAGAUAAAUUGUCCAUAUUUGAAUUUCUUUGUCAUGAUCAAUCAAAAUUAAAAAAAAAUUCAUUCCUGGAAAAUUUGAAUUUUCAUGAAGAACACAGGUUUUUUCAUCAUCUAAUUUUAUUCCAGGCACUUUACGCCUCAAAAAUUGUGAGUUAUGCACAAGGAUUUAUGCUUCUCGCUGAAGCUUCCAAACAAUUCAAUUGGGAUUUGAAUUUCGGAGCAAUCGCUUUGAUGUGGAGAGGAGGAUGUAUUAUCAGAUCACGAUUCUUGGGAGAUAUCAAACGAGCUUUUGAUAGUAAUAAACAAUUGUCGAAUCUUCUUUUGGAUACAUUCUUCACUAAUGCAAUUGCUGAAGCUCAAGAUUCGUGGAGAGUUGUUGUUUCGUCGGCUGUUCGUCUUGGAAUUCCAGUUCCAGCACUUUCUUCGGCUCUUGCUUUUUAUGAUGGUUAUUCGAGCGAGGUUAGUGUUUUUUUUUGUUGAAAAUAUUGGGUAUUAGCCUAAAAGUGGGGAAAAAUAUUGAUAUCAUAAAAAUCCGCAUGUCUACCUAAAAAUUUGAAAAUAAAAUUCCAUAUUCUUCAUGGAAACUGUUUCACCCACAAAUCCCUGUAAUUUUCUUUUUGAAAAUUUGAAGAAUUCUAAUUUCCCUGAACCACAUGAUCCCUUUUUUUAAGUUCACAUUCUUCCUUUAUGCGAACAAAAACUUGAUAAACUGUGUUUUCUUCUUAUCUACACUGCGCUUUAUUUAUUUAUUAUUUAUCUUUUAUUCCCUGAUGGAGAAAAUAAUGAUGAUGAACAAAAAACAAGCGAAAAACAAGUUAUCAAAAAGAAUUUCUAAACGAAUUCUUUUUUUCCUCAAAAAUUUCAGAAAAAGUAAUUAUGCAAAAAAAAAGUCAAUAAUUUCUUGCAGGUUGUUCCCGCCAAUUUGCUCCAAGCACAACGCGAUUAUUUCGGCGCGCACACUUAUGAACUUCUCGAAAAACCUGGAACAUGGGUUCAUACUAACUGGACUGGACACGGUGGACGUGUCACUUCUAACACUUAUAACGCCUAA